UGCAAAGAACAGAUGGUAGAAGACACAGAGAUCAGUGGACUGAAUGCCGGUAUACCAUUUUUAAUUCAUUCACAGAAGCCCACUCUCCGCAGUCAGGUGCCAUCACACUUCAAGUCUUUGAAAGGAACAGGUACGUUAGCAUCGUCAUUUUUGGCACUUAUUUUUACAUUGGGAUUUGGAGGGGAAGCAGGAAUGGUUUACCGGAUCCCUGUUAAGCAAAACCAGAUCAUUUCUCCCAUUGGUGCCUAUAAACCCUGUGUCUUAACUGUUCGCCUCCUUAAAACUUAUUCAUACUGUCUAGUAUAACACACACAACAUCUUCUUAAAAUCAUUUCUGUUGCUCAAUGCCACCCCUCACAGUAGCGCCUACUAUAACUACUUAUAACCUGUAUAAUUUCAUUUACUGCAAGAUUACCUCUCUCUAUAACCCUUCUUGCCACUCCAUAUUUUUGACUUAUCCUUUAACGCUUCCUUUUGUUCCUCCCGAUGCCUUAUAUUUCCCCUAAUUAAUGUCACUCAUAUUAUACCAUAAAACCCAUUAUUUAACUGCUCAAAAUUUCGCCAUUCAAUUUUUGUCAGUAACUAUAAAAAUUUAUAUAGCUGUACGUAACCCCUUCUAUUUAGUAGUUACGUGAUAAAAAAACAUCGUAAUAAUUCAUCUUAUGUCAUUGUGUGCUGUAACAUCUUUCUGCUUCUAUAGCUCUAUAUAACCAUCAUCAAUAUCUCCCACAACACCACAUAACUUCUUUGUUGCUCUAAUGAGUGCAUCCUAAUAGAAUCUUGCAAGUUACGUGUAAAAAGUCUCAUAUAGUCUGCAUUUUGUCUAUUCGUAAACCUCCCUAUGCUCUGUCUAUGUGGUUAACUUUUUCUUAUCUUCUUACUGUAACGUUCUUUAUUUGAAAAUAGUGUUCAGUAAACCAAUUCAGUAGCAUUUUGUUAAACCAUCUACUUUUGCCUUGUGUGUAACAUUCUCUUAUGUUAUCUACUAUUGCUAUGGCUAAAGAAAUUGUCUGCAACACAUAUUCAUUUGCCUCCCAGCCUGCUGCUCUAAUAUCUCCCAAGAAUCACCCCUCUAGCAUGCUUAGCAUGUAUCUCUCCAUGUCUUCUCAUCUGACAGAUUCCAUUCUUACUUUCAAGUUGACUUCAGCCCCUAAUUAGUUUUGAAGAAACUUGACAAUAUAUAAAAGGAGGUGGAUCUUACAAUUAGGAGAGAGACGACUAAUUACAAGCAGUAAAACACAAAGUUAACUUUGAAAACUCUUAAAAGAGUUAAAUGUAAUUAUUAUUUGCAUUUUCGUAGUUUAUAUAUAUUAAUACUUACAAAAUCACAUCAAGUCUUGAACUUAGUAUCUUAUGUCUUGCUUGUAAAGAAUUACACCUGGUGUAUACUUAGAGUAAGGACAUGACUGUGUUGUGGGUUAGAAUUUUAGUACAGUGUGUUAAUAGACACAUGUGCUUGGUUAGUACAAUGUGUUGUAUAUGCUGUGAGGAUAUCCAGUUUAUAUAUCCAGUAUUCUACAUGCAGUGAGGAUACCUAUAAUGUUGCAUUUAUAUAAAAAUUUGCACUUAUAUAAAAAUGUGUGUUAUGUGUCUAGAGUGAUGAGUUAUAACAGUGAAUUAUGCAGGCUGAAUUCUGGGUUAGUUAUGUUAUGUUGAAUGCUAAUUUAGUGCAGUGUGUUAUGUAUGUGGAGUUCUGCGUCAGUAUAUACUGUGUUAUGGAUGUGGAGUUCUGGGUUAAUACACUGUGUUAUGUAUGUGGAGUUUUGCAUUAGUAUAAUGUGUUAUGUAUGUGGAGUUCUGGGUUAGUACACUGUGUUACGUAUGUGGAGUUCUGGGUUAGUAUACUGUGGUAUGUAUGUGGAGUUCUGGGUUAGUAUACUGUGUUAUGUAUGUGGAGUUCUGGGCUAGUACACUGUGUUAUGUAUGUGGAGUUCUGCGUUAGUAUACUGUGUUAUGUAUGUGGAGCUUUGGGUUAGUACACUGUGUUAUGUAUGUGGAGUUCUGCGUCAGUAUAUACUGUGUUAUGGAUGUGGAGUUCUGCGUUAGUAUACUGUGUUAUGAAUGUGGAGCUUUGGGUUAGUACACUGUGUUAUGUAUGUGGAGUUCUGGGUUAGUAUACUGUGUUAUGUAUGUGGAGUUCUGGGUUAGUAUACUGUGUUAUGUAUGUGGAGUUCUGGGCUAGUAUACUGUGUUAUGUAUGUGGAGUUCUGGGUUAGUACACUGUGUUAUGUAUGUGGAGUUCUGGGUAAGUAUACUGUGUUAUGUAUGUGGAGUUCUGGGUUAGUAUACUGUGUUAUGUAUGUGGAGUUCUGGGCUAGUACACUGUGUUAUGUAUGUGGAGUUCUGGGUUAGUAUACUGUGUUAUGUAUGUGGAGUUCUGGGUUAGUAUACUGUGUUAUGUAUGUGGAGUUCUGGGUUAGUACACUGUGUUAUGUAUGUGGAGUUCUGGGUUAGUACACUGUGUUAUGUAUGUGGAGUUCUAGGUUAGUAUACUGUGUUAUGUAUGUGGAGUUUUUGGUUAGUAUACUGUGUUAUGUAUGUGGAGUUCUGGGUUAGUACACUGUGUUAUGUAUGUGGAGUUCUGGGUUAGUACACUGUGUUAUGUAUGUGGAGUUCUGGGUUAGUAUACUGUGUUAUGUAUGUGGAGUUCUGGGCUAGUACACUGUGUUAUGUAUGUGGAGUUCUGGGUUAGUAUACUGUGUUAUGUAUGUGGAGUUCUGGGUUAGUACACUGUGUUAUGUAUGUGGAGUUCUGGGUUAGUACACUGUGUUAUGUAUGUGGAGUUCUAGGUUAGUAUACUGUGUUAUGUAUGUGGAGUUUUUGGUUAGUAUACUGUGUUAUGUAUGUGGAGUUCUGGGUUAGUACACUGUGUUAUGUAUGUGGAGUUUUGGGUUAGUACACUGUGUUGUAUAUAUAGACUGCUGGGUUAGUACGGUGUGCUAUGUAUGUAGAGUACUGGACUUGUACAGCACGCUGUGUAGAGUUAGUACAGUGUGAUGUGUAUGUAGAAUUGCGAGAUAGUACAGUGUGUUAUGUAUGUAAAAUGCUGGGUUAGUCAGUAUAGUAUGUAUGUAGAGUGCUGGGUUAGUACAGUGUAUUAUGUAUGUAGAGCAAGCAUGUCAAACUCACGGCCCGCGGGCCGCAUGCGGCCCACAAGGACCAUCUUUGCGGCCCAGCGAGCCGCGAGUACAUGCCUAAUGUUCCGAGCAGAGUAGGCACCUGCUCUCUCCACAUUGCAGGUGAUCAUUUACCCGGCCGGGGGAGAAGUCUCUGGCGGCAGCGAGGGAGCUCAGUUCCUGCGCCUUCACGCGCGCUGUCUGAAGUGAAGCCGGGCACCGGAAUAUGACAUCAUAUUCCGGCACCCGGCGUCACUAAACCGCAUGAGGAAGCAGUGAGGAGCAGAUAGAAGAACCCCAGGGAGAUGCCCCACACCGACUCCAAAAGGUAAGACGCAAUAAAGAAAGGAAUGUGUAAGUGUGUGUGAGUGUGUGUCUGUCAGUGAGUGUGUGUGUGUGUGUCUGUCAACAAGUAUGUGUGUGUGUGUUCCUGUCAGCAAGUAUGUGUGUGUGUCUGUCUGUGAGUAUAUGUGUGUGUCUGUCAGUGUGUGUGUCUGUCUGUCUGUCUGUCAGUGAGUGUGUGUCUGUCAGCAAGUAUGUGUGUGUCAGUGAGUGUGUGUGUGUGUGUGUCUGUAUGUGUGUGUCUGUCUGUCUGUCUGUCUGUGAGUAUGUGUGUGUGUGUGUAUGUGUGUGCCUGUGUGUGUGUCUGUCAGCAAGUAUGUGGGUGUCUGUCAGUGAUUAUGUGUGUGUGUGUGUCUGUCAGUGUGUGUCUGUAUGUGUGUCUGUCAGUGAGUAUGUGUGUGUGUGUCUUUCUAUGUGUGUCUGUCAGUGAGUAUGUGUGUGUCUGUGUCUUUCUAUGUGUGUGUGUGUCGGUGUGUGAGUACGUGUGUGUGUCUGUCAGUGAGUAUGUGUGUGUCUUUCUAUGUGUGUCUGUCAGUGAGUAUGUGUGUGUAUGUCUUUCUAUGUGUGUGUGUGUCAGUGUGUGAGUAUGUGUGUGUGUCUGUCAGUGAGUAUGUGUGUGUCUUUCUAUGUGUGUCUGUCAGUGAGUAUGUGUGUGUAUGUCUUUCUAUGUGUGUGUGUGUCAGUGUGUGAGUAUGUGUGUGUGUCUGUCAGUGAGUAUGUGUGUGUCUUUCUAUGUGUGUCAGUGUGUGAGUAUGUGUGUGUGUGUGUGUCUGUCAGUGAGUAUGUGUGUGUCUGUAUGUGUGUUUCUGUCUCUCAGUGAAUAUGUGUGUGUCAGCCAGAGGAUCAGAUUUGGCACAGGGUGGUAGAAGGGCGUGCUGUAGUUUAGUAGAGGGGGAGAUUGGGAUUUAGUAGAGGGGGAUGCUGUGGUUUUUUUAUACUGUACUUUUUUUUUUGCGGCCGACAUAAACUGAAAGCUUGUUUAUGUGGCCCGUACCAGACUUUGAGUUUGACAUGCUUGAUGUAAAGUGUUGAGUUAGUACAGUUUUUUAUGUAUGUAGAGUGAUAGGUUAGUACAAUGUAUUAUGUAUGUAGAGUGCUGGGUUAGUACAGUGUAUUAUGUAUGUAGAGUGCUUGGUUAGUAUGGUGUAUUAUGUACGUAGAGUGCUGGGUUAGUACAAUGUAUUAUGUAUGUAGAAUGUUGGGUUAGUAUGGUGUAAUAUGUAUGAAGCGUGCUGGGUUAGUAUGGUGUAUUAUGUACGUAGAGUGCUGGGUUAAUACAGUGUAUUAUAUAUGUAGAGUGCUGGGUUAGUAUGGUGUAAUAUGUAUGUAGCGUGCUGGGUUAGUACAGUGUAUUAUGUAUGUAGAGUGCUGGGUUAGUACAAUGUAUUAUGUAUGUAGAAUGCUGGGUUAGUACAGUGUAUUAUGUAUGUAGAAUGCUGGGUUAGUACAGUGUAUUAUGUAUGUAGAGUGCUGGGUUAGUACAGUGUAUUAUGUAUGUAGAGUGCUGGGUUAGUACAGUGUAUUAUGUAUGUAGAGUGCUUGGUUAGUACAGUAUAUUAUGUAUGUAGAGGGCUAGGUUAGUAUGGUGUAUUAUGUAUAUAGAGUAUUGGGUUAAUACAGUGUGUUAUGUAUAAAGAGUACUGGGUAAAUACAGUGUAAUAUGUAUGUAGAGUGCUAGGUUAGCACAAUGUAUUAUGUAUGUAGAGUGCUGGGUUAGUAUGGUGUAUUAUGUAUGUAGAGUGCUGGGUUAGUACAAUGUAUUAUGUAUGUAGAGUGCUAGGUUAGUAUAGUGUAUUAUGUAUAUAGAGUGCUGGGUUAGUACAGUUGUGAUGAAAACACCUUCGUCACUGGGUUUUGGAGAGGCCUGCUUGCCAGCCUCUUGCCCUGUGACUAUGGCCCCUGGGAUGUAUUGCCUUUAAAAACACUAUUUGUGCUCUUUCAAAAUAUGGAGGUAGCACUUAGAAUUUCCGGUACUUUCUGGAACUUCGAACCGUCGAACUGUCGGACCACCUGCAAGUAGAGUGAGACUUGUUAACCUCCCAGGACUUGUGGUUAACAAUCGCUUAAUUGAUGAACGGCUGGGUGGUCGCCGUUCGUAUAGUCGAACACGUGGCGGCGGCCAUCUUGUUUAGUCAAACGUGGUCAGUGGUGUUUUGCCGUCGAGUACAUGGAACUAAAAUCGGACACCCGACAGCACGAACACCGCUGGGACUUCCACCUCCAUAUAUGUUCGACUAAAUAUGCACGAACAGAGCAUCGUUCGGUAGAAAUAAUCUACCGAACCAGAUACACUCACUGACUCUGUGCACGAACGGCUCCGUUCGACUAUUGGAACUUUAUUUCGACACUUUGGAAUAGACCGGUCACACAGCCUGAUUCUCUGUAACUAUUUUGGGCAUGAAGCCAUGCUUGCAGCCGGUCAAAAAGAGACUUCCAUGAAGCUUUUGAACCCCUGCUCUGAUCUGGGUGAUUUUUGGAUAUGUUGUUUGUGACGAGACCAAUCUCGCCACAUUGCAUUGGAGAAGCCUGGUUGCCCGCCUGCUGCCUUUGGACUAUGGCCCCGUGUUAAAAGACAUCUUUUUUACCUGCAGAAAAUAUUUAUUCGUUCUUUUCUGCCUGGUGUUCGGUAGAUUCAAUCUACCGAACAACCGCACGAAUGACUGGACCACCUGGGAGCUGGAGUGUGCCGGCAAUUAGCCUCCCUGAAGCUGCGGUUAACCGCAGCUUAAUUGACGAAUGCUGGGUGGCCGCCAUUCGUAUCACGAACACGAGGUCGCCGCCAUUUUAAACAUGCGAAUGCACAGCGGUGUUCGACGCUUAAUUCAUGGAACUGAAAUCGGACACAGUUUUGCGCGAACACCGCUGAAGCCGCCGACCUCCCUUCUUGUUCGCUGAAAGUGCACGAACGGCCCGGUGUUCGGUAGUUUUGCUUGAAUGUGUUAUACCCCAGAUAGAAAUCCCAUGGAGCCCAUUCGCAUGAAACUGACUGUGUAAAGACUUUAGCUCCAUGGCGAUUAAACUGUAUUCGUGUGGUCUGAGCGCCAUUCGCUUAAUAAUGUGCGCUCAGACCUGAGCUAUCUGGGGAUAUGUUAAAUGUAUGCUUUUAAUGUUAUGUGUCUCACAUAGUGUAUUUUAAUAGUAAUUUGUGUGUUAGUAUCCCCACGUGCAUAAUGGCGAUUUGCCUUUGUCUUUGGAGAUAAUUGAAUUACUUCUCAAUUAUCUCCAAGGCAGAGGGGAGGAAGCCAGGAUGCAUUGUGGGAAUACAAUGUGACUGUGUGUCCUGUUUGGCUGAUUGUCUGUCUUUUGUCACAGUCUCCCAUUUGGUCCCCUAGGGGAGUGUCCACCAGGUGGGAGACCUGCAUAAAUACUGGGCAGGUAGCCCUCAUUAAACAGACCACUGCUUGACCCUCAACACGGAGCUUUGUCUCGUCUUUGGGGGAUUUACUGAACGCUGAUAGAGACUGAUUGCUAGGAGUGUAAGCCGCUUGGAUGCUUUUCCUAUUCGUCUGCUAGCAGCUAUUCGAAUGGUUCCUGUUCGUGUGUUUGGAGUGCUAUAUUGGAUGCAGUUCGGGAGUUUGGAGCAUUCACUUAUUGGCGGUUCGUGUGUUUGGUGUUCUACAAUAGCUGUGCCUGCAUCUCUGGAAAGGGGGGCGAUCGCCUAAACGGUUUUUACCCCUUGUGUGCUAAAACGGUCCGUUACAUUGUUCACCCAGAUCAGGGCUAUCAGGGGGUAUGUUGUUUAUUGGGGUACUUAUGAGACUUUGUAAAAUAUGUGUUUUUUAUGCUUGCGGAUAAGUACGUUAAUACAUUAUCUUCCUUAAUUGUAUCCCAGGCAGAUGGGAGGGAUUGUGUGCUGUAUGUGGGAGUGUUACAUUGUUUCUGUUGGUCUGUACAAUUUGUGUCCUGUGCCCCAUCAGGUCCAGUGAGUGUUCCUCUGGCCUGAAAAGUUGUAUAAAAAUCCAACCUGUACCAUUAAACUCUCAGAUCAUCUUGCACCUUCAUGAAGUUUCGGCUCAUAUUUGGGGGAUGGGAGAACAACAUACACUCUGGGGGAUUGCUAUAAUCACUAUACUCCCCUGAGUAUAAUCACUAGCUCUUCUAAGAGCUGUUCCUGCUACGCUCUCUGGACUACAAGGGGUCUGCCCACUGGAAGCUGGAUCCUGGUCAUAGGUCCAGGGUGGGUGGUCCAGGGUGGGUAGGAGACAGCGAGACCCCAACCAAGCUUUGGCGGUUCGUGGGGUUUGCAGUGGUUAUGGUGUUACAGCACAGUGCUUAUGGUACUUGUCAAUACUAGGAAGCAGCGACUGACAGAGGUACACGGUCGGGGUGCCAGGUGGUUCUGUCACAACAGUGUAUUAUGUAUGUAGAGUGCUGGGUUAGUAUGUGUAUUAUCUAUGUAGAGUACUGGGUUAAAACAGUGUAAUAUGUAUGUAGAGUGCUGGGUUAGCAUGAUGUAUUGUAGGUAUAAUGAAGAUAUUGGUUUAGUCCAGUGUGUUUUACAUGCAUUGAGGCACCUGGUGUCUAGAAUUUGUUGAUACGAUUCUGAAUCAGUAUGUAUAUGUAGGGUGAUAUCGUGGUUAUGAUGCCAGGAGUGUCCUGGUGCCAAUAGAACAUGCUGUAGUGGUUAUGGUGCCAGGAGUGUGCCUUUUUAUCUGGGGACUGCUGUGAGCCGCUUCCUGCCUCCACUACAGCCUGCAGGAAGGUGUUUAUUUGAGCUCAGAAACCAUAUGGUGCUCUGAAAACCAUUACUGUGAAUUGGAGAUUGACGUAUGCAGUCAUUAUAAAAUGGCUUUAAUUUAUGUUUACUACAUACACUGCCUGGCCAAAAAAAAAAGUCGCCACCAAAAAGAAAGGUCACACACUCUAAUAUUUCGUUGUAUCGCCUUUAGCUUUGAUUACGGCACACAUUCGCUGUGGCAUUGUUUCAAUAAGCUGCAAUGUCACAAGAUUUAUUUUUGUCCAGUGUUGCAUUAAUUUUUCACCAAGAUCUUGUAUUGAUGAUGGGAGAGUCGGACCACUGCUCAAAGACUUCUCCAGCACAUCCCAAAGAUUCUCAAUGAAGUUAAAGUCUGGACUCUGUGGUGGCCAAUCCAUGUGUGAAAAUGAUGUCUAAUGCUCCCUGAAUCCCUCUUUCACAAUUUGAGCCAGAUAAAUCAAGGCAUUGUCAUUUUGGAAUAUGCCCGUGCCAUCAGGGAAGUAAAAUCCAUUAAUGGAAUAACCUGGUCAUUCAGUAUAUUCAGGUAGUAAGCUGAACUCAUUCUUUGGGCACAUAAUGUUGCUGAACCUAGAGCACACCAACUGCAGCAACCCCAGAUCAUAGCACUGGCCUCAUAGGCUUGUACAGUAGGCACUAGGCAUGAUGGGUGCAUCACUUCAUCUGCCUCUAUUCUUACCCUGAUGCAUCCAUCACUCUGGAACAGGGUAAAUCCCCACUAUCAUUUCAGUUUUUAAUAUUGCGUUGUUCUUAACCCAAUUUUAGUAGUUUCUGCAAUCUUCUUAGAUGUUUUUUCUGCUUGAUGCAUGUCAAUGAUUUGACCCUUCUCAAACAGACUAACAUCUUUUCCACGACCACGAGAUGUGUCUUUCGACAUGGUUGUUUAAGAAAUGAGAAGCUACUCAUUGCAUCAGUUGGCGUUAAAUAACUUAUUGCCAGCUGAAAGGUAAUCGCCCAUGCAGUAACUAUCCAAUAGGAGGCUCUUACCUAUUUGCUUAGUUAAAUCCAGGUGGCGACUUUUUUUUUGGACAGGCAGUGUAUUUUGAAUGGUGAUUAUAGUCAUGAAAACCACAUUGGUGCCUUAUAAAAUUGUUCAGAUUUUUUACUUACUUUAUAUUAUUAUUAUAAUUAUUAUUACUAUUAUAUAACUUUCUAGAUCAGGGGUUCCCAACUCAGUCCUCAAAUACCCCAUACAUGUCCAGCAUUUAGGGAUUACCCUGUUGUGUCUAAAGCAGGCUUCCUCAAACUCUGGCCCUCCAGAUGUUCCUGAACUACAAAUCUAUGAAUGAAAUAGAUAGGCUGAGAAUCAUGGGAGUUGUAGUUCAGCAACAUCUGGAGGGCCGGAGUUUGGGGAAGCCUGGUCUAAAGUGUGUUUUUUGUUUUUUUUUUCUAAAAACACCUUAGACACAACUGGGUGAUCCCCAAAUCCUGGACUGUUAGCGGGUACCUGAGGACUGGGUUGUGAACCACGGUUCUAGAUUGAAAGCUGUAACUGUUGUUUCUAUGUACCUCGGUAUAUCAGAGUUACUGCUGUGUGGGGGCUUUGGGGAAUGAAGCACCUUUAAAUGGGGUUCCCUUUAUCCCUUAGGUAAUGAGGGGCAGCAAGAUAGUUUUUUUUUUUUUUUUAACCAGCCGCAUGAUAUUAACAGAUCACUAGUAAAAUGCUCUCCUAUGCUACUAAGGGGGAGGGAUGGUCCAUUCCAUAUGACAGCCAGGUGGGGAGAGGUAAAGUUGUGCAGAGAGGCUGUAGCACUAGAUGUACUAGUGUGGUUAAGCAGGAUUGCAUUGAAUACCUGGUAAUUCUGCAUUCUCUGGCUAUUUUUUUAAUUGGCAUCCUGGUCAUAGAAUUGGCAAGGCUUACAUUGAGAGGUUGGUGAUAUGGAAUUAUUUUUGGCUCAAUUUCCAGAUGAUUCGGAAAGCUAGCAACCACUCUUAAAUCCAUAGAGAUCAAUAUGCGGUUCAACAAAUUUACUAAGCUAGUUCUACAAAGACCCUGCAUUGACCUGUUGAAGGAACUUUGUGAACUACUAUCUGUGUCAUGGUGGAAUGAGUCAAUCCAGUUCCUCUGCAGCCACUUGGCAGUUUUGCACCCAUAUUAUCCCACCAAAGUCAAGUUGUGGACAGUUUAGAUGGGCUAGAAAUGAAGGGAAAACACACUAAAUGCUCAUAGCACCAAAACAACUGCAAUGAGCUGUAGAGGUUAAGGUGAUUAAAGUGCCCCUUUAAAGUGGCCUUGUCACCUGACUAUAAAUGUUGAGUAUUAGUUGUCGUUUAAGAAUUACCCACAUUGACUGUCAAAGGUUUGUCUUAUCCUAUAGACUGUAAGCUCGUUUGAGCAGGGUCCUCUUCAACCUAUCGUUCCUGUAAGUUUUCUUGUAAUUGUCCAAUUUAUAGUUAAAUCCCCCCUCUCAUAAUAUUGUAAAGCACUACGGAAUAUGUUGGUGCUAUAUAAAUGAUAAUAAUAUGGUAAACCUGACAUCAAGUUUUGUCUAUUCCUCCCCCCCUGCCCCCCUAGUGACAAUUAGGCAUCAGGUUUCUUUUAUCAGAUUUUGAAACUUAGUAUGUGUGGGGUCCAGCAGUCUUGCGGUUUUUCAGCCAGGUACGUUGCUAGAUUUAUAAAAUAACUGGGGCUUGACACAAGAAAACAUUUGGUGAACCCUGCUUAAAGCCCCAUAUAUGGUCCUUCACAAACUCCAACCCCUAAUAACUGCAAUAUAUGACUCAAGUUACUCUUGGAUACAUACAUUAAGACACACACUCACAGCUAGACAUUUACAGACACACACAUUAAGACAUACAGAUGAAUACAUAAAUACAAAGAUACACAGGCUACACACGGAAAAAAUCACACACCCAAAACAGGCAUUCAUAGACACAGGUACACAUAGACACUCACAUGCAGGCAUACAUAGACAAAGGUACACAUAGACAUGCAUGUGCAGGCAUACAUAGACACAGAUAAACACAAACACGUGUAUAUAGGCAUACACAGACAGGCACAAACAGGCAUACACAGAUAUAAGCAUACAAAGACGGGAGCAUGCAGCCAUACACAGGCACAGGCACAUACAUACAGCCAAACACACCAAGCACACUAAAAAAUUCAGUCUACCUGGUUGUGCUCUGCUCAGCAGUGGAAGGUGGACAGCAGCCAUGUAACUCUUGCAGAGCCAACCCUGCACUUCCAGGCACUAAACCCAUGUGGUAUUGCCCCCAUGUUGCUCUGCCUCCUUGUUCUGUCGUGACCGGGAGUGGAAACAGCACACUGAUAAAGAUGCUGGAACAUGAUUAGGGUAUAACAUUUCCCACAUUUUAUCUGAACUGCAUUGACCAGCAUGGAGGAAGGUGUUGCAGCUUGGGCAUGCUGGAUUUACAAUUUGUAGCCCCGAGUUCUAUGCCUGGCCCAGGGGACUAUGGGUAAUAAUAAAUUGCAAUAUUAACAGCAGGGGCUUUUCAGGGUCCACUUGUGACGUUAGCCUGCACUGCCGAUGCCACUGAGCACCACACUGAUGCAUCUCAUGUGGGUGAAAAGGGCAAGGUGCCAAAGAGAGAAAAUGAUGGCUUCCUGAGGGGACAGCUUCAGGUAAGUACUUCUACCUUCCUCUACUUCACUGGGCUCAGAUUGGGAUGCAUAUGUAGAAUUUCAUCUAUUUGUCUAAGUUGAAAAUAUACUAAAGUCCAUCAAGUUCAGCACCAAAACUCAUUCUUUAAUGCUGUUGAUCCAAAAGAAUGCAAAAAAAACCCCAACAAUUGUAACCAUUUUCAAUAAUGCCACAAAAAAGGAAAACAAUCCAUCAUGACUACAUUAUGGCAAUCAGAUUUCUCAUUGGAUCAACAACCUGUUUACAUACAUAUCAAUUAGAUCCUUGAAUAUUCUGUUUAUACAAAAAAAAUCCAAGCCGUUCUCUUUAAAUUUCUAUAGAAUCUCAUAAGACAACCUCUAUAGACAAAGAAUUCCACAUCUUUAUUGUUCUUACUUUAAAUAACCCUUUCCUUUGCUGCAAGCAAAAACGCCUUUCUUCCAGGCUCAAUGAGUGACCUCUUGUCUGUUGUAUAUCCCUGCUAAUGAACAGGUUAGCACAGCGGUUUGCACUAAUCCUGUACAUACUUGUAUAGUGUUAUCAUAUUCCCUCUGAGGCAACUUUUUUCUGAAGAAAACAUGUUCAGUUUUUCUAGCCUUUCCUUAGAACUAAUGUUUUCCAUCCCCCUUACUAAUUUUGUAGCUCGUCUCUGGCCUUUUUCUAGCUGCAUCCAAUGCAUUUGUACAGGUAAUUAGGAUUUGGCCACACUUGACAAAUUGACACAACCCUGGUACGAAAACAUCAGAUUUGAUGUCCAAACAUGACUGCAAGCAGUCCUCCAGCUUUAGUCAUGCUGAAUUGCAGAUAAACUCUUUGAGAUUGCCAAAUUGACCAAGGGAGUCCGUAACAAUGUGGCAGUGCUGAAAUAGUUUAUAGUGGUGUUGGACAAGCGAAUCCAGCUUGCGGGUUGUCAUAUUUUGGCCAGACAAUAAGGAAGUGAUUCUAUCUCAUUAAUAGCAGAGGUGGUUGACUUUGUAGCCAGAGAGACCUCUGAUUUUUGUCAGACCGCUAAAAACAAGUUUCAUAAAAACCAAGAAGGACAGAAUCCAUUGCUUCAUUGCACCAUAAUCACUAUGAAAAGCAGCAGGUCCGGUGCUUCCUUUAGGUAAACUAGACAGUGGCCUAGGGCGCUCUGUCAGAGUGGGCGCCCACAGGGGCAGUAAGCCCUCAGAAUCCCUCAUGAGAUUAAGCUGGCAGUGUAUACUCACGGACAACAUAGAGACCCCGCUUCCUCCUGUGAUAGAGCUGGCGGCGCCCUCCCCUCACUGCUUCAGUCCUCCUCCUUGUAUUUCGGGUAGUUAAAAUUAUUUCAGCAGAUUAUAGGAGUUACGAGUGUAAGCCCGCCUAUCCCCACCCACAUACAAUUAACCCCACCCUCCUACAACUAACCCCUCCCCAAACAUUCCAACUGUGUGUGUGUGUGUGUGCAUUAGGCAGUGCCUGUGUGUGUGUGUGUGUGUGUGUGUGUGUGUGUGUGUGUGUGUGUGUGUAUUAGUGUGUGUGUGCAGUGUCUGUGUGUGUGUGUGUGUGUGUGUGUGUGUGUGUGUGUGUGUGUAUGUGUGUGUGUGUCAGGCAGUGUCUGUGUGUGUGUGUGUGUGUGUGUUUGUAUCAGGCAGUGUGUGUGUGUGUGUGUAUGUAUUAGGCAGUGUGUGUAUGUGUGUAUUAGGCAGUGCUUGUGUUUCUAUUAGGGUGUGUGUGUGUGUGUGUGUGUGUAUAAGGCAGUUUUUUGUGGGUCUGUGUAUGUAUAAGGCAGUUUGCUAUGAGAGAGGAAUACCCUACACACAAAGUAUUUCAGCUUGCUGAAGUGAUUUAUAUGUCUGGAGUUUGUCAUUUUCAGUUUAUAAAAGGGCUGAUUUGAAUAGAAAUCAGACCUUUUAUAAUUAGGGUAAAAAAAACACCUCCAUGUCUGCCACACAGCUAGUAAGGUUUUCUUCCACUUCCUUUAGCUCAAAAGAGCAAACAGAAGAGGCAGACGUGCUGUACCAGCGAUCGCCUGCCUUCUCCCUUUCGCUAGAGCUCUUUGGGAAACAUAGGAAACUGUGAUUGAAUGUGCAUAUGCACAACUGUGGCCCCACAACAGAGGCUUCUCAAUGAGAAGCCUCUCAUUGGAGGGCUUGCAGAAAAAUAAAGCAUAUUUUCUUUGGGAGUAUAUCUGCUAAAUUGUUAAAGGAAAUAAGUGGAAUGUUUCCUUUUGGAGUUUAGUGCAUAAACUUAUGGCACGAUGGAACGAUCUGAUGAGGGGGCAGCAAAAUGGAUCUUUGUCUAGGACGGCAGAAUUCCUUGCACCGGCCCUGAUAAGCAGUACUAGUAAUGGUGCUCUGAUUUUCUCUUUAUGUGAACAUAAUAAAUUAUUUGAGUGAUUGAACAAUUUGGAGGAAUUAUUCCCAGAUUGUUACAUUGUGUUCCAGCCAAAGAGAUUUGAUGGGGAUGAAUUAACGCACCAUGACGUACUGGACAAAAAACCUGUUUUUGUAUCAAAACAAAUUCGUUUUGUUUUUAGUGGGAGAUCACAACAUUUUUCAAACUGUAACUAAUGAGGCUAUAACUAAUUUCAUCACACUCUCUCUGUCACUACAAUUGUGUAAUUGUAGCAUAGCUGCUCCAAGUGAUAAAAGCUGCUCUAAGACCAGCUGUUAUGUAUGAAUAUGAAUUAUGAGGCCAUAGAAGAUCAGUGCGCGUGUCAAGAAGCAGGAGAUAUUUCUGUUGUUGACAGGGCCAGAUGUCUGUAUUAGCAAUGUGGGCAGAAUAUAGAAUGUCUAACAUAGAGUCUUGCUCUGCAAGCGAGUAGUUCUAAAGGUCAAAAUAUAUAAUCAUUUACAGCAAAUUUCUUCCACUUUGAGGGUUUGCAAUUACUCACAGUUCUUCUGAUCUUCAAAUCAUCUUUAAGUUUAUUAUUUAGGCAUGUAUUAAAGGGACACUACGAUGCCCAAAUACAAAAUAAAUAAAUAAGCACUGAUUAGUAGAUACAGUGCCCUCCACUGAUACCCUUGGUAAAUUUGAGCAAAGAGAGUUGCGAGAAAUUCUCUUUAUUGUUUAACGUUUUGAUAUUUUCUGAAAUAUAUGUGUAGCAUAAUCAUUAACAUCCCUAUUUUAUUUGAGUAUAAAUAUAACAUAUAUAUAUAUAUAUAUAUAUAUAUAUAAAUGCACAUGGAUCCAGCACUCACUCUCCCGGUCUUGUCCUUGCCUGGAUGCAAUCAAGGAAGGUGCACUCACAGGACUUUGUAGAUAAAUCUUGAAGUUUUAUUGUGCAAUUAUGCACCAAAAAAUGUGUCGACGUUUCAGUCCUCUAUGGGACUUUUCUCAAGACAUAUAUAUGUAUCAUAAAGUCCAAAUUCCCUUAUUCAACAUAAUGGGUAAGACCAAUAAAUAUAGCUGUGAUGUGCGGCAAAAGGUUGUUAUGCUUCACAAAAUGGGAGGUGGCUAAAAAAAGCAUUCAAAAGCAUUCAAAAUGCCAAUUUCCACCAUCAGGGCAAUAAUUAAAAAGUUCCAAUCAACUGGAAAUGUUAUGAAUCAACCAGGAAGAGGAUAUGUGUCUAUAUUGUCUCAACGCAUUGUGAAGAGAAUGGUUUGAGUGGCCAAUAUAGCUCCAAGGCUCACAGCUGGAGAAUUGCAGAAGUUAGUAGCUUCUUGGGGUCCGAAAGUCUCCAAAACUACAGUUCAACGUCACCUACAUCACUACAAGUUGUUUAGAAGGGUUUCAAGUAGGGAUGUGCCUGGGGAAUAAUUUCGGUUCGGUUCGGCAUUCCAAAAUUCGGGACUUCGGCAUUUCGGGACUUCGGCCAUUCGGAUUGGCUCGGCUCGGCACUUCAACACUUCGGAACUUCGGAACUUCUGCACUUCGACACUUCGGAAUUCCGACACUUCGGCAACUUCGGAAUUCCGACACUUCGGCAACUUCGGUAUUUCGGAACUUCAGCACUUCAGGACUUUUCUUGCAGCCCCUAAGUAGAUAACUCCCUAAUUCCCAUGGUAUUAGGGAGCUAUCUAACAAAAGGCUGAAAGAUCUAAAUUGGUCUUUCAGCCAAAUUUACUAAUAAUAGGUAACUACUUAGUAUUAGUAAAUUUUGCCCCUACUCGCUAUACCGUGAGUAAGGGCAUGUCUAUUAAACAGUGAAAAACCUACAGUUCUCAUACACUGCUGCCUUUGCAAGCCCUCCUCUUCUAACCCCUCCCAGACUUUCUGUGGCUGUCCGAUCACAGAUAUUCGAAUGCAGGUCAAAGAGAUGUCUUUGUGAGGCAGGUGCUUUGAACAAUUGCUGCCUCUUGAGUUUAUCUCCACUGAGCUAACCAAAUCAGGUUGUAACAGGACCUGUUGUCUGAUUGACAGCAAGGGAGUUGUAAUAAGGUUAAUUUAUAAAAGUGUCAAUUUCUAUUGGAAUCUGUACUUUUUAGAAAAAUGAAAAAAUAGGAAACACUUUUCACACAUAAAGAUGUUCAGCAAGCACCACUUCAACUGAGGUCAGAAGUACCCUAGCUCGGUUCCAUGGUAAUUGUGCAAACAAUUCAGUAACAGUUUGUCUCCUUACUUAAUUUCCCACCAGUCUCUGGGUCUCCUCUCCUCGCUGGUGAUGAGCUUUCUGGGUCCUGCAGAGUUACAGAAGACUGCAGCCAUUUCAGUCACCAUUCAUUGGAUGAACACAUCAGCUGCCCGCUCUCAACCAAUGAAUAGCACACUGUGCAAAAGAAAAAAGAAUUUGCACAGAAUAGAUUUUAUCUUUUAUGUAAAUGAACGUUAAUAUUAAGCAUUAUUUGCCUGUUGACAGAGCUAACAUAGUUAAAAACCCUGGAGAAAAUAACAAGUUGUUUUCUUAAAUUAACAAGUUGUUUCCCGAGAUAAGUCAUGAAAGUAUUACAAAUACAUGGCUUCUCUGGGCUUCCUUACUUCACUGCUGCAAAUUCUGACCCCGAUUUAUAUGAAAUUAUUUUUCCAGGUGCAACAUUCAGCAUACAUAUGAAAUAAGUAACAUGUGCAUAUUUUCUUGUAGAUUUCUACGAUUGAGUCGGCAUAUCGGUGCAUGUAGCUUCGUUCUUGAAAAGAGACACAUGGUCUGUGCACAGUGAUUCCACUGAAUACAAGAAUUUGAUGGAAACUACCACUUAAAAGCUGUAAAUAUGCAAUAAAUGAGGGGAAUUCCUAG